AUGGACCGUCUGCUCGAUAUUCCCUCGCACGAGGCGCGCUUCGCCCAGCGCCACGCCGCCUCCUCCUCCGCGCCGACGCUGCCGUCCGCCGCCGCCCUCCGCACGGCCGCCUCCUCGCUGCCCUCCCCGUCCUCGCCGGCGUACCUCACCGGGGCGCCGGCCAGCGCCGUCGCCGCGCACAUUGCGCGCGACAUCGUGCCCGCACUCACCGGCCAGAACGCAUCCGCGCGCUACUUUGGCUUCGUCACCGGCGGCGUGCUGCCGCUCGCCGAGUGGGCCGACAACGUCGUCUCGGCGCUGGACCAGAACGUGCAGGUGCACCUGCCGACGCAGACAGCGGCGACGGGCGUCGAGGACGCGGCGCUCGAGAUGCUCGUGCAUGCGCUGCGGCUGGAGCGCGGCGGCUGGCGCGGGAGGACCUGCACGACGGGCGCCACGGCGAGCAACAUCCUGGGCCUGGCGUGCGGCCGCGAGCACGUCCUGGCGGGGGCCAGUGGCGAGGUCGGGCUCACGAGCAUGGGCCACAGCUCGCUCAGCAAGGCGGCGAGCGUGGUCGGGCUCGGCCGGCGCGCGGUGCGCGAGCUGCGGCUAUCGGACGCGGAGCCGUGGCGGUUCGACCUGGACGCGGCCGAAGCGGCCAUGCAGCGGCCCGGCGUGGCGACCAUUCUGGCGGUGAGCGCGGGAGAGGUGAAUACGGGACGGUACGCGCUGCAGGGCGUCGACGAGUGGCGGCGGCUGCGCGCGCUGGCGGACCGGUACGGCGCGUGGGUUCACGUGGAUGGAGCGUUUGGGGUGUUUGCGAGGGCGCUGGAACAGACGGAGGAGUAUAAGCUCUUGCAUGAGCGAGUCGAGGGCAUUGAGCUCGCGGACAGCAUCACCAUUGACGGCCAUAAACUCCUAAAUGUGCCCUACGACUGCGGCAUGUUCUUCUGCAAGUCCCCCGCCAUCAUGCAAGCCGUCUUCACCAACCCCAACGCCUCCUACCUCGCCUCCUCCACUUCCGCCACCAUCCCGUCGCCGCUCAACAUGGGGCUCGAAAACUCGCGCCGCUUCCGCGCGCUGCCCGUGUACGCGGUGCUGCUCUCUGAGGGCCGGCCCGGCCUCGCGGGUAUGCUGGGUGCCAUGGCGCAGCUGUCCCGCACCAUUGCCGCCUUUCUGCGCGAUUCGCUACACUACGAGCUGCUGCCGGAGAGCAGCAACGCCGCCGAGGAAAUUUUCGUGUCGGUGCUGUUCAGGGCCAAGGAUGCGGCGCUGAACGAGACGCUGGUGGCGCGCAUCAACGAGACGCGGCAGAUGUACGUGAGCGGCACAAUGUGGCGGGGAAAGACGGCGGUGCGCAUUGCCGUGUCCAACUGGCGGGUGAAUGUCGAGAGAGAUGCGGCGGUUGUGCGGGAGAUUUUGACCUGUGUUGCCGAGGGCCGGGUGUUUGAUCUCGGGAACUGCUGA